CUUAAUUUCCUGCACUAUUUUUUCUCAAGUCUAUAUUUGGAGUUUUCAGACCUCUCUUCCUUGGCGCGCGCACGUUGCUUUUGUUUACUCAAAAAACACUCUUCAACUUCUUUCUUCCCCAUGCUCAAAUCCAUCUAAUCUCAUUUUCUUUAAUGAAAUGUGAUCUGGGCUCCAAAUAUUUGUGUCAAAGUUGACAUCUUUUUGUUUUCUUAUUAUAGUAAAAUAGUCAAUAGACGUGCCCAUCAGCCCAUGUUGUGUACAUCAAUAAAUAAAUCUUGUUAUUGAAAAGUACUGCAAUUCCCCCAGAUCAUAUGAAGCUUUGUCAAAUAGCCUGUCAUUUUAAAGUAGCAUGAGUGUAAUCUAUAAUCGUUUCUAAGAUAUUGUGAAGUAGAAGAAGAAAUUUGUGGGGUAGAAUCACAUGGAAGAGACGUUUGUGCCUUUUCGGGGGAUCAGGAAUGAUCUCCAUGGGAGACUGCUUUGUUACAAGCAAGAUUGGAGUAGUGGAUUCAAUGCUGGCUUAAGGAUCUUGGCUCCCACCACCUACAUAUUCUUUGCGUCAGCAAUCCCAGUCAUUUCUUUUGGUGAACAGCUAGAGAGGAAUACUGGUAAUGGUUAUGAUGAUUGACAAAUUUAAUACGGAGUAUCAUAAAACAACUUAUGUGUCUUAUUACUUAUCACUUCAGAAGAAAUGUAUGUACUACUUGCGUCCUUAAAAAGAAGGAGUUCUUACCGCUGUUCAAACAUUGGCUUCAACUGCAAUUUGUGGCAUGAUCCACUCCAUAAUCGGAGGUCAGCCUCUGCUGAUAUUAGGCGUGGCAGAGCCUACUGUUAUCAUGUAUACAUUCAUGUUUAACUUUGCCAAAGGAAGGCCUGAUUUGGGCCGUGAUUUGUUCCUUGCAUGGUCUGGAUGGGUAUGUGUGUGGACAGCAGCUUUGCUGUUUCUUUUGGCAAUUUUAGGAGCAUGCUCCAUUAUUAACAGGUUCACCCGCCUCGCUGGAGAGCUAUUUGGGAUGCUUAUUUCCAUGCUUUUCAUGCAGCAAGCAAUCAAAGGAAUUGUAUAUGAAUUUCGCAUCCCAAAACGGGAAAAUCCCAAAUCAAUAGAGUUCACAUCUUCAUGGAGAUUUGCCAAUGGGAUGUUUGCUUUAGUUUUAUCAUUUGGUCUACUCUUUACUGCAUUGAGAAGCCGAAAAGCAAGGUCGUGGAGGUAUGGAACUGGUUGGUUUAGAAGCCUAAUAGCAGACUAUGGGGUACCUAUUAUGGUUCUAGUUUGGACAGGGGUGUCCUACAUACCAUCACAAAGUGUCCCAAAAGGGAUUCCACGACGACUCUCUAGCCCAAACCCAUGGUCACCCGGUGCAUAUGAGAAUUGGACUGUUAUUAAGGAAAUGCUGAAUAUGCCCAUUCUCUACAUAGUGGGAGCUUUUGUUCCAGCAACUAUGAUUGCAGUGCUUUACUACUUUGACCACAGUGUGGCAUCCCAACUUGCUCAGCAGAAAGAUUUCAAUCUCAGAAAGCCUCCAUCUUUUCACUAUGAUUUGCUUCUUUUAGGUUUUUUGACCCUAAUGUGUGGCCUCAUUGGCAUCCCUCCUUCAAACGGUGUAAUUCCACAAUCUCCAAUGCAUACUAAAAGUCUGGCUACUCUUAAACACCAACUACUUCGGACCCGGCUUGUUGCAGCAGCACGCGAAAGUUUGAAGAGCAACUCAAGCCUGACACAAUUAUACGGAAACAUGCAGGAAGCUUAUAAAUGGAUGCAAACUCCUCUAAUCCAUCAGCAUUCAUCACCAACAGGGCUAAAAGAGUUCAAGGAAUCAACCAUUCAAGUGGCAUCAAGCUCAGGGCACAUUGAUGCCCCGGUUGAUGAGACACAUUUUGACAUUGACAAGGAAAUUGAUGAAUUGUUGCCUGUAGAGGUGAAAGAGCAGCGUUUGAGUAACUUGCUUCAGGCGACAAUGGUGGCUGGCUGUGUUGCCGCAAUGCCUGUUUUGAGAAUGAUCCCAACCUCUGUGUUGUGGGGUUAUUUUGCUUAUAUGGCCAUUGAAAGCCUGCCCGGGAAUCAAUUCUGGGAGAGAAUAUUACUACUCUUCACCGCGCCUAGCAGAAGAUACAAGGUUUUGGAGGACUACCAUGCAACUUUUGUAGAGACAGUGCCUUUCAAGGCAAUCGCGACAUUCACGAUAUUUCAGACAGUGUAUUUGCUUGCUUGUUUUGGGAUAACUUGGGUUCCAAUUGCUGGGCUACUUUUCCCUUUACUGAUUAUGCUUUUGGUUCCAAUAAGACAAUAUGUUCUGCCCAAGUUUUUCAAAGGCGUACACCUUCAGGAUUUAGAUGCAGCAGAUUAUGAAGAGGCACCUGCUGCACCUUUCAACCUUCCCACGGAGGAAGUUGGCACAAGGUCAUCUAUUGCUGGUGGGGGAGGGGAGAUUUUAGAUGAAAUUAUAACUAGAAGCCGAGGUGAGAUAAAGCAUAUAAACAGUCCUAAGGUAACUAGCUCAAAUGCAAGCCCAUCGCGAGAUAUAAGCCCACGGUUGGUAGGAAGAGCUUUCAGCCCACGAGUUACCAGAGUAAGAGGAGAGCAAAGCCCACUCUCUGGCAAGAAAGGAGGAGCUUUAAGCCCAGCUGGCUAAAGUGUAAGCAUGGUUCAAAGUGGUACCUUCAAAUCACCACUUUUUAUCCUCAUAUGAUGUGAAUAACUUUGCUCCUGUAAAAUAAAGUUAGUUUCAUAUGGAUGACUUCUCAAAUGAAAGGAAGGCAAACAAAAACUAUAUAUAUAAUCUUCUAAUUUUGCAUUAUACGUAGUAUGUCAUUAAUCUCACUAUA